CCAGGCGCCGGGCGGCACGUUGGCCGAGCCUUCGGCGGGCUUUCUCGGUGGAGGUGGGAAACAUGGCUAUGGCCAGCGAUUUCUACCUGCGCUACUAUGUAGGGCACAAGGGCAAGUUCGGACAUGAGUUCCUGGAGUUCGAGUUCCGGCCGGACGCAGUUUUUGCUGUUAUAGAUUGAAUUUUUUUCCACUCCCCACAGGAAAGCUUAGAUAUGCCAACAAUAGCAAUUACAAAAAUGAUGUCAUGAUCAGAAAAGAGGCUUAUGUACACAAGAGUGUAAUGGAAGAACUGAAGAGAAUUAUUGAUGACAGCGAAAUUACAAAAGAAGAUGAUGCUUUGUGGCCUCCCCCUGACAGGGUUGGCCGGCAGGAGCUUGAAAUUGUAAUUGGAGAUGAGCACAUUUCUUUUACUACAUCAAAAAUAGGUUCUCUUAUUGAUGUAAAUCAGUCAAAGGAUCCAGAAGGCCUUCGAGUAUUUUACUAUUUGGUACAGGACCUGAAAUGUUUAGUUUUUAGUCUUAUUGGAUUACAUUUUAAGAUUAAACCGAUCUGAAUUAUGUUUUUGAAGCUAUUUUUAUAUUUAAUUAAGGGAUGAAUAAGGGAGGGUUUAUUUGUCAUUUAUAAUAUUGGGAUUUUUAUUAAUGUGAAGCAAACAUAUUUUUUUUGUAUGCGAACUGAAAAUAAGAAAAAUACAUAAACAGUACUUUUACUGUGUCCAAGAGAGUUGGACAGUCCCCACACACAUUGACUUCUGUAAAUAAAAGCCACCUCUUGUUGAAAUUUUGCUUCAAUAAAGCUUACCAACCUG